AAAGUUUUAGCGUGAUUUCACAGUUCGACAUUUGUGUUCCUUAGAGGUCCACCUAAAAGAUUGACUUACUCUUUUUAAACUGUAGUCAUGUCUUAUUUAUUAGCAUGCCGAGUGUGCUUGGCAUCCGAUUCACGUAUGUUUUCAAUAUUAAACGGACCUCUACAAGAGCUAUACGAACAAAUUACAGAUUCGCAGAUGACAGUAGAUUCCCUUGGCGUGAUUGUGAAACAGCAACCCGAUGAAAUCGAUAAUGUACCAGCAUUAGAAAUAAAUAAUGAUUCAUUAACGGAUUCUGAAGACGAAAUACCUCUGCAUAAUAUAAGGAAGAGCAUCAGAGAUGUUAAAAUUAAAAAGAAAUCCAAAGUGAAAUUAAAAAGCAAAAAUAAUGUUAACGAAUCAAGAAAUCGUAACAAAUUAUUGAUACCAGACGCUCGCGAAAUAAUAUUAACCAAAAAGGAACAAAUCCAAGAAAUGUUGGAGAGAGAGAAGUCUCUGAAUUAUAUAAACUCACCGUUCAAAUGCGGCUUGUGUUUUAAAGGAUUCGUUGAUAUUAGAGCGUUUGAGAACCAUAAAGAGAAACAUGAUGAGGUUAGCAACUAUUAUUAA